AGAACCGUAAUUCGGUGAGCUCAUCCUUGACAAUUCACAUUCUGCCACUGACUAGGGGCAGUCCCAUUUCCUGCCGCAAUUUGGGAAGAUGCUGCCUCUGGAGAAAAUAUCUGCUCCCCGGAAUGUCCCCACUCCCCUGGAACUGUGCUCACUGGGCUUGGCCGCUGAGGACCCGCAGGCGGAUUCUGAGACUGUCUCUGGGAGGACUGCCGCAGAUGUCGAGUUUUCCCGUCUGCAUUUCAGAAACUUCACCUACCCAGAGGCAGCUGGGCCCUUCCAGGCCCUUGAUCAGCUCUGGGUGCUGUGCUGCCACUGGUUGCAGCCAGAGACAUACUCCAAAGAGCAGCUGCUGGAGCAGCUGGUGCUAGAGCAGUUCCUGAGUGUUCUGCCCAGCCACAUCCGGCCAUGGGUAGUGGCACAGCAUCCUGAGAGCUGCAGGAAGGCAGCCUCCCUGGUGGAUGACUUCCUCAAGUCUCUAGAAGAGCCAGCCCGUCCCACACCAGGUAUCGCCAUGCUUCCAGAGCAGGGAUACAUCGAGGAUCAGAUGAGCGAGGCGAGGCCCACAGCCGCUGAGCCAAAGUUGCAGAAGCUAAAGUUUGCAGAGGCGCCUCUGUGUGAGGAGGAGUGGGGCCAUCUGGACCCGGCUGUGGAGAACCUAAAGAUCUACAGGAAGCUGCUGCUGUGGGGGUAUCAGCUUGCACAGCCUGAUGUUGCCUGUAGGCAAGAGACCGAGGAACUUGAGGAACUUCGGCUGGUUGACAGGGAACCCGGAGACAGUAGCUGCUCAGGUGGUAGGUGGUGCCAGCAAGACAAAGAUGGCUCCUUACGUGAGACCAUAAUGGAAAGUCUCACACAUGAAAUUCUCAGUUACUCCUCGAUGGGUACCACUCUGAAGAAGGAUGAGCCACUUCAGAAAGAUCUGGAUCCCCAGGAACAGGAAGCAAGGUCUGUCACCAUAGUCCAAAGGCAGUCGGUCAUUCAGCAGCCAGGCCAGGGCCAGGGCAGCACUUUGCAGAGUCUUCCUCUGCCCAUGGUAUCAGACACCCAACUCCCAGGCCUUGGAAGAAAGCGGCCCUACCCCAAGGAUGGGGCUGGGCCAACUCCCAAAUGUGGCUAUGGUGUGAGUGACUAUCAGCAACGCCGUGAGAAGCAGGAAGCAGCCACUGAGACGGGACCAUCCUCAGAGAAGCCUUACAUCUGCAUCGAAUGUGGGGUGGCCUUUGCCUGGAUCUCCCACUUCACUGAUCAUCUCAUGAACCAUAGUGGUAGGAAGAUCUAUGCCUGCCGGGAGUGCUGGAAAACCUUCCACUUCAGCCUGGCCCUGGCUGAACACCAGAAGACUCAUGAAAAGGAGAAGGGGUACGUAUUGGGGAGGGCCCUUGGCUCCUAUCCUGCCACUUGCAGAGCCCUUGCCAGUAGAAGGGCGGGAGGUGGGGACACCGCCUUCACGCAGACUAUUCCCACGGGCUCGUGGGAGGCCGUUGCUGAACCUCCAGCAAAUGUAGUUCUUGGACACCGAGGUGAAUGCACCAUAAAGCCCACAGUCCCUUCUAAACUCCCAAAUGCUCUUCUCCUGGUUUCCCGGGCUCACCGGACCGCUGACCGCUCUUCCAUCCGGAGACUGGCGCCUGCCGCAAUUACAACCACCACUGGUCCAUCCUUUCUCGGAGUUCUCCUGCCCCCGUCCUGCAGAGACUCUGUUAGCGCAGCAGAUGUCUGGGUGCAACUUCAGGUGCAGGGAACCUUUGGUGAUGUGGCCCUUGGAUCCCCAAGUCAGUCGUUAUUGCUCAGUUUCGAUUCCCGGCAGCCCGCGUGGCGCGUCCUUGGCAACGCGCGACCUGGAACUACGACUCCCGGCAACCCGCGGGUCGCGCGUCAGGGUGACGUCAGGGGACUCGCCGCCAUUGUCCGCGGCCGAGCUGAGGCGGUUGCCGCGUCGCGCUGCCUCCGCCAUCGCCACCGCGUCUGCCUCUGCCGCGGUCUUGGAGGACGGAAGAGGCGGCGCGCGCUGGGACAGUCACGGAUCGCGUGUCGAUUCUUUCGCGUCCGGGCCCGGACGGAUGCUCCUUGGCCGCGAGGCCCCGAGCCUCCCCGUGAGCGCUUUGGGCGGACGCCGGGAUCAUCGCAGCCAGCCCAGCGCGCCUUUGUCUGA